GUUUCUAUUUGUCAAUCCAACUAUGCUUUCCUCGGUUUCUUCAUCCGCCUUCAACACAAUCUCGAGACGAUUCCUUGCCACAGUUCGCGGUGGCCAAAUCGCUAGUGUUGCUGCCAAAACUGUCAGUGUAGCCUUGGAGGACGGCUCUGAAGCUACUGUUCCCCGUCCAGUUGGUAUUGACAAUCAGUGGUUCCUCCCUGGUAGUCAUGCAGUGUGUGUUGACGACAAGUUGGGUAUGGUCACCAACCCUGAAGGAGCUGUACUGAAGUUCGAGUGCAUCCAUCCCGAGUUGAAUGGAGAUGACCUGUGCCCUGAUUGUCCUCGCCGAAAGUUCGAGGCGAAGAAGAGUGAUUAGAAGUCAGAUAUUUUUAUCUGUGAUUCAGAACCUCCUGUCGCUAACAUUGCUGUCAUUCUCUCGUUUACUGCUGAACUGUUGCUAUCACAACUAGAGGUUUCAAAUUC